UUAAUGUCAGCCACUGCCGCCGUCGUUAUUGUUUGCUGGCACCGGUCUCUUAAGCCAUUUUUCUCUUGUAAACAAAAUCAAUAAUUUUUAGUUUUUUUACAACAAAAAAAAAUGUUUUAAAUUUAAAAAAGUUAUUAUAAAAUUAAAACAAAAAUAUGGAAAUAAUUUAUAACUCGCAAAAUUAUAAUAAAAAUAACAUUUGCCGUAUUUGCAUGCAGGAAGAUGGCAAUUUAUAUCCCAUAUUUAAAGAAAUAUUCCUUGGCAACAGAACCACCACUAUAGCUCAGAUAAUUACCGAGUGUACAAAAUAUCCAGUGACACACAAUGACCAGCUACCAGCACAAAUAUGCAAUGCCUGUAUGGAAGCUGCCCGCAACGCCCAUCAAUUUAAAAGUCAAACAGAGGAGGCCUACUGCCAGCUAAAGGCGUUGUAUGAUAUAACAUGGAUUCCCAAACAGGAGAAGGGUAAUGUUAGUGGUUGUAUUAGAAGUGAGGCGGCAGCAACGGUGAGGGUGAGUGCCCUCACCACAGACAAGUAUACACAAACUGAAAAAAGCACAGUAUUUCAGUGUGAGUGUUGCCCGAAAAAGUUUUUCAUUGAAUCGGAAUUAAGGCAACAUCGUGCCACCAUCCAUGCAAAUGAUGCCAAAAAAUGUCGUGUUUGUGGUGAGACCUUUAAUCAUUUAGGUCAAUUGAAGGUUCACUUAUCCACAGAGCAUCCCAGCGAGGGUAUACGUUGUGAUUUUAAGUGUAAUAUAUGUUCGAGAGAAUUUACACGCAAGGACCAUUUGAAAAGGCAUUUAAUACGGGUACACAAGAUCGAAGAUGAUAAAUUAAAUAUUUCCAAAGUAUCGCUGGAUGAACCGGAAAUUGAAAAUCCUCCUCAACUAUCUGCUAGCUUAAAUAACUACAGCAGUCAUUGGCCCGAUUAUCAAGAAGAUGAUGACAACGAAGCUACUGCGCCAAAUGAAACGAUGGCCGCUACAAAUCCUUUCUCGAGUGAAGAUGAAGGUCUCGAGCAUCACAAUUUCAAUGAUAUGGAUGAAGAAGAUGUUAAGCAAUUUGUAGAAACUAUAGCCCAUCCAGAAAUAUCCAUUAAAGUUGAAAAUCCCGAUUACACUGACAAUAUUUCAACCAGCAUUACUAAACAAGAAAAACUAGCAAAAAGCAUCAAUCUUUCAAAUGAAACUGUAUUAAAGCCAGAGUUAGCAGAGGAAAAUAUAGAAAUAAAAGAAAAUGCUAAAGAAAAGGAGGAGGAGGAGCAGGAAGAAGAGAAUAUAGAUAAUCUUAAUACAUCUUAUCAAGAGCAUCAUAGUAAUAAUACAAGUGAUGAAGAUACAGAUGAAGAUUACCAACAUAGCAGUGAUGAUGAGGAUCAGGAUGACAAAUUCGAAACUACAAAAAAACCGCCUAAAGACAACUUAAUGACUGUUGUUAAACAGGAACAGAAUAAUGAAAAACUAGAAAUUGCUACUAGUUCUAAGGAUAAACAUAAAACUAAACUUAAGGCAAAUACUAAAACACCCCGAAGACGACAUGGUUCCACUAAAAAUGAAGAUAAUCGUUGUAAGGAAUGUAAUCGAACCUUUACCCGUUACAAUCAUCUUCUACGCCAUAUGCUAACACACAGUGAUGAAAAGCCACAUGUUUGUAAUUUCUGUGGCAAAGGAUUUUCACGUUCAGAUCAUUUACAAAAACACAUACAGAGUAUACAUUGCGAAAAGAACUAUAAAUGUGAUCAGUGUUCGAGUGCUUAUGGACGCAAGGAUCAUUUGCAACGGCACAUCGAAACGCGUCACAAUAAAGAUCCCACCAUACAGAAACCUCAAUUCGAUUGUGAUAUGUGUGAGAAGAAGUUUACCACCAAGGCCUAUUUGGCAAAACAUAAAUUAUUGCAUACCGAUCGUCUGUAUGCUUGCAAACAUUGUUCGGAAACCUUCACCGAAAAGGAACAAAUGAAAGAGCAUCAAAAGAAAAAACAUGCCCAACCGCGUAAUUUCCUGUGCAAUAUUUGUGGUGAUUCGUUUCAGCGUAAUGAAUAUCUUAAAAUACACAUGCGUCGUCAUACCGGAGAGAAACCGUAUAAAUGUCGUUUUUGUGAAAAAGGUUUUCCGCGCAGUACCGAUUUGAAAAUGCAUGAAAGAUAUCAUAUAGGCCACAAACCUAAUUUGUGUAAUUUAUGUGGCAAAGGUUUUCAUCGUCCCUACAAUCUAACCAUACACAUGCGCACGCAUACCGGUGAAAAACCCUAUAAAUGUAAUCAAUGUCCUCAGGCGUUUGCUCAAAGUAAUGAUCUGAAAGCUCAUAUAAGACGUCAUACUGGAGAACGUUUUCGUUGUGAUAUGUGUAGUGCAGCAUUUUUGCAACGUUAUGGUUUAAAUGCUCAUUUAAGAACUGUACAUGGUAUUAUUGUCACCUCAUUUACGGGACGUUUACGUAAAACCGAACAACCUAUAGAUGGAGGCGGUGGAGGAGAACAACUUGAUCAAACAACAACAGCGGCUGUAGUGACAACACCUCCCACACAACAAUUAGCCCCUGCACAACAAGAACAGUCGCAUACAUCGUUGCCAUCUCCUCAUAUAGACAGUACUAUAACACCACCGCCUUUGUAUUUAGGUCAUCAUUUCAUAGCACCAACAGUUGGUAGCACAUCAACAUCUCCCCCCAUUGAUAUAUCAUCUACAAGUGCUACUACGUCGUCGUCGUUGCCUCCACUUCCAUUAGCUCAUCCUUCAGCGCAACAAAUGUAAUGUUAAUUUAAUUAUUGUUUUAUUAUUAUAAUUAUUAUUCGAAAAAUAAUCCUUAGGAUUUUAGUAUAUUAUUUUAUAUUUAAAAUAAAUAUUUACUCAAUAAAUGAAAAAACAUACAACUAAAUAAUUGUAAA